AUGGCUCUGCCUUAUUCAUUACUUGACCUCAAAAAUAAUAUAGCGCCACCACGAAUCCUCUGCAACGACCUCAUUGCAGAAAUUCUACCAUGGCUUCCGGUGAAAUCUCUUGUUCGGUUCAUGUGCGCAUCCAAAUCCUUAAGAUCCUUGAUCAAAUCCUUAAUCUCAAAUCCAAGUCUUGUGAAAUUGCAACUGGAGAGGUCAAGAUCACACGUAAAUGCCAACCUCUUGUGUGAGAUGAGGGACUCUUUGGUACAUCACAUUCCUCUUUUCCGCUCUUCUAUGGAGAACCCAUCAUCAUCCGCCACUCUCGUCGUUCAUCCAUCCCAUGAACAUCGCAUCAUUGGUUCCUGCAAUGGGUUGAUUUGUUAUGCAAUCAGUAGUCCUUCACGUGAAAAAUAUGUGUUCUAUUUGUGGAACCCAGUUACUGGGUUAACAGCCAAACAUUCUCCCCCACUAUUACUUCAUUAUCACUUUGUUUCUACGUUUGGUUUUGGCUAUGAUCGCUUAUCAGACACUUACAAGGUGGUAGUACCUAUUUACAGUGAUCAUUGUAUAAAUAGUUCUUUUUUAGUCCGGGUGAAAGUUUGUAACAUGGGUGAUGCUCGUUGGAGAAACAUUCAAUUGCCUAUUACCUGCCUCCAUUUGAUAACCCCAUAUGGUUUAUAUUUGAGGGGUACUCUUAGUUGGUUAACAUUUCACCCCUCUCGUGAGAAUCAAUAUCUGGGUAUUUCACUUGAUCUAACCAACGAGACAUUUACACAUUUCAUGUUGCCUCCUUAUCAUGAUGUUGUUGGUCCAAUGCUAGAGAAUUUGGGGACUUUUAAUGAUUCUUUAUCCUUCUCUUAUAACUCCAUGACCCAUUUUGUUGCAUGGCAAAUGAAGGAGUUGGGAUAUCAGAAUUCAUGGACUCAGUUAUUUAGAAUUGAAACUAAUUAUCUAAAUAUUAACUCUCCAAUGUUGCGCUUGACUCCGAAUGGUGGUAUUCUCAUAAUGUCAAAAUAUGGAAAGUAUGCACUAUUGUACAAUCAAAGAGAUAAUCAACAAGAGUAUGUUAAGAUUUCCGCCGACAUAAGACACAUCUUUGAUAUGGAUUACACACCAACCCUGGUUUCACCUUGUUCAAGUUAA